AUGAUGAAUUGUCAGUAGAUGGGAUAUUUGAGAACGAGGAGUUACCUUCAUGGACAAAACCGUUAACUAUAAGAGCCUUUGUGGUGAGUUUUGUGUUGUCGGUGAAGAUAUGCUUCAUAAUCAUGAAACUCAACUUCGGUGUUAGUCCUAUACCAUCAUUUACUGUCGCUUCUAGUGUAUUGGGAUUCUUCUAUGUCAAAAUUUUAAUUAAAACACUUGAGAAAGCUGGCAUGUUGAAACAGCCAUGGACCCGCCAAGAAAUUACAGUCAUUCAAACCUGCGUUUCAGCCUCCACAGGCAUCAGUUUUAGCGGAGGCUAUGGAACUUACCUGCUUGGAAUGAGUGAACAUGCUGCCAAACAAACAACAGAAGCCAAACAUGAUAUGAACUACAAAAACCCGACACUAGGAUGGAUGAUUGGCUUUCUUUUUGUAACAAGCUUCUCAGGUCUUUUCUCAGUGGUUUCUCUUCGUAAGAUAAUGAUCGUAGACUUGAAGUUGGUGUAUCCUAGUGGUACUGCUACUGGACAUUUUAUUAACAGCUUCCAUGCUCUUGGAGGGGCGAAACUAGCAAAGUUUUUCUUCGAUUUCUCAGCAACUAUAGUUGGAGUAGGGAUGAUGUGUCCUCACAUCGUAAAUAUAUCUUUUCUUCUUGGAGGAAUUCUUUCUUGCGGUAUUUUGCGGCCUCUCAUUGAAACUAGGAAGGGGGAUUGGUACUCUGCAGAUCUCGAGCCUCAUAGUUUGCAGGGACUUCACGGUUAUCUGGUAUUCAUUGGCAUUUCCAUGUUACUCGGUGAUGGCCUAUACAACUUUUUCAAGGUUAUAAGCCGAACUCUGGCUGGUUUGUUUUACAAAAUUCUGUGCAGAAAUGCAAACAUGCAAAUUCCAAUUGUAGAAAAUUCCUCUCCUGUACGAGAAUCACUUUCUUAUGAUGACCAACACCGUACCAAAGUCUUUCUUAAGGAUCAAAUCCCAAUAUGGUUUGCUAUUGGAGGUUAUUUAGCCCUUGCUGCAGUCUCCACUGCAAUCCUUCCUCACAUUUUCCACCAACUCAAGUGGUACUACAUAAUUGUUAUAUACAUAUUUGCACCAAGCCUGGCCUUCUGUGAUGCAUAUGGGUGCGGGUUCACUGAUUGGUCAUUCUCAUCUCAUUAUGGAAAACUAGCCGUCUUUACAAUUGGGGCAUGGGCGGGAGCAUCACAUGGUGGAAUCCUUGCUGGUCUAGAAGCAUGUGGAGUGAUAAUGAUUAUAACCUCCGCUGCCUCUGACCUCAUGCAAGAUUUCAAGACCGGCUACUUGACCUUGUCUUCGCCUUGUUCAAUGUUUGUCAGCCGAGUGAUUGGGACUGCAAUGGGAUGUGUUAUUUCUCCUUGUGUCUUUUGGAUUUUCUAUAAAGCUUCUCCUGAUCUUGGGCUUCCUACAAGUGAAUAUCCUGUUCCCUCUGCUACAUUCUACUAUAAUAUGGCUAAACUAGGGGUUGAAGGCUUAUCUGCUCUGCCUAAAGGUUGCCUCAAGCUAUGUUUCGGAUUUUUUGCUGCAUCCAUUCUCAUCAACUUAACCAGAGAUGCUUUGGGAAAGAAACGUUCGUGGUUUAUUCCAAUUCCAAUGGCAAUGGCAGUACCCUUUUUUGUGGGUUCAAAUAUAGCCGUUGAUAUGUGUGCUGGAAGCCUCAUACUUUAUGUAUGGCAAAAGAAAAAUAAGGCCAAUGCUGAUGCCUUUGGGCCUGCCGUGGCAACUGGUUUGAUUUGUGGUGACGGGAUGUGGACUUUGCCUAAAUGUAUACUAGCUCUAGUCGGAGUGAAACCUCCAAUUUGCAUGAUGUUCAUUUCAAGGCCUACUUAUAAUAAGUUAGAUUAAGUACUAGAAUCCUAGAUAGGCCAGGGGAAAGAUUAACUUAUAUGCCAACAAGUAUCAUCUUCAUAAUCUGUAGACUUUAAAAUAUUAUCCUGUAACCAUAAAUAAGAGAAUCAAUUCAUGUUUCUGCAGUAUGAAA